AGACUUGACAUAAAAUUGGGAAAUUCCAUACCGAAAUCCCAGAUUUACUUAGCGCUGAUGCCGUUUGGAAAAGAUAUUUACUAUUUACAUAGUUUUCCCACUUGUCAAAUGUACAGAUAAGACUUUGUGUUUUAUAACAAUGUGAACGUGCUUUUGUCGGUUCUCCUUUUUUUUGCUAGAGUUUUAGAUUUAGUCUACCUGUUGAUAGGUUGGCCUGUUUAUAGUCUUACAAAUGGUGUAAUGGCUCUUAUCAUGCAUAGCCGUGGGAAAGAUAACAUUAAUUCAUGUUGAAGUCUGUUGAAAGUUUAGUAUUUUUGUUGUUUUCAUUUCAUUUGCAUUUGCUUUGCGGCCUCGUUAAGUGAAGUGGAAUGUGUGCGAUGUCUGCAUCCAUUUCAAAAAUUUACCUGUACACUCAAUGUCACUGGAAUUCGUUUAUUCAUCCGAGGGAUGCGAGGAAUUUGUUGCCUUGUGCGCCAAUCCCGCGCUAAUUGAGGAUCGAGUCGACCGUUCACGUCACCGCAACAAAACUGAAGUGUCUUCUAUUCGUUUGAACUGCAAAUAUCGCGUCUACGCUUCAUUCGAAAUCCUACUAGAAAACUCUGCAGAUUCGAACGUUAUUGUUCCGAGUGCCAUUUUCAUGUUGUGCCGUCAUUUCACGUACGACCAACUCAUCGAACUGAUUGAAUUCUUCGUUCGAUCUGACGUUGAAAUUCAUCACGCGAGCACGGGAUCUGCCUCAGUUUCAUUCCUUUGUCGAUGUCACAUCGACAAUGUGAUCAACUUGAUUGAAACGCUCGUUCAACACGACUGUAUCUCUUCACGAAUUUGUGACGCACUUGUCCAGGUGUGUCGCAAUGGCGUCGAUGACCUCAUUAACCGAAUCCGAACGCUCAUCAACCGCGGGAUUGAAAAUGUUCGUCUCGAUUGUGAUUCUGUGAACGGCAAUGUAGCGGAAGACGUGCAAACUAUUUUAUUAAAACUAAACGCUGAUGACAUCAAUUCGCGAACCGAUAAGUGCCAAUUAAAAUCAGUUUUCAAAUCGUGUCGGGCAACGGUGCACGUCAAAAUGCACUCGCCGUUACAUCAGCGGAUGAUCUACAAUCAUCAGAUCGAUCACGUUGAUGAAUCUGGAUUGUUAAGUUUUAACACGAGAGAAAACAGCAUUUUUCUUCCAGCUUUUAGAGACUGGCAAACAAUUCACGUUGCGUGGCAUUGUCCAGACAUCGUUGCUGGACAAAUCGAUCAGCUCAUUUUCAGUUACCUGGACAAACAUUCGCACCGGCGUGAAUUGUGCGACAAAUCGGCUGGCGCUUGCGAUUGGUGUCGUGUUGGAUCUGAUGUCGAUGAUUACCUCAACAGGUUGAUGGACAAGGUGGAAGAAAUGUGUUCCCUUUUCGCAGCUGAAAGGUUAAUUCAUUACGGCAGUUCGGCCGAAAAGACCAACAUUUUUCGAGCCAGCGAAUUCGAUCGUGGGGUCGUCCUCAACAAUUUCGGCCAAUCACCCUCAGAUCCUAAUCAAAUCGUUUACACGGGCAACGAUCCAGCCUACGUGGCAUUAAAAGACGGUGAAUAUCCAAUCAAUUCAAGUAGUUUACUCGUUUUAUUCAUGAAAUCGAUCACGGACGCAGUGGAACGCGUUCACAGUGUCCACGUUUUCGCCCCGACAGUCGCCUUCGGUGAAACUUGCGUCACAGUUUAUUUCCUCUAUCGUGGAAGACAUCCUUCGGCUGCGGUGAAAGUUAGCGUCGAUGUCACCAUCGCUGUCAAAGCGGCCGAACAACCGGCCAUGAUCUCCAACGGCUGGUUUGUUUCAGACGAAGUCGAAGGUGUCGUCCUUUUAGUUCCUCAUCGUCGUGGCGUCGGCAGCCAAUGGCGUUUAUCUUACCCGACUUUAGAGAGGGACAUGUUACUUCACGCAGGUGAACAAGUUUCGAGAGUGUAUCAGUUGCUUAAAUUUCUGGCUGCCCUUCAUCACGCCAAGGAUAAUUUGAAGCGUGAAAUUCCGAGGAAAUCAAGUUUGUCUUCGUAUGCGUUAAAGACGUGCUUGUUUCGUUACAUGCGACAUCAUUAUCGACCACCUCCGUGGCAGCCGGAAGAUGCUCUGCGUCACACCGUGGGCAUUCUGCGUCAGUUUCCCAUCAAUUCGUGUGAGAUGACGUCCUAUUUCAACAAAGAGAUUGUUGUGUUUAAUGUCACUCCGAAAAGUAGGAAAGCUGUCGCAGAAAUCAUUUCUGUAUUGAAUAAAUUGUUGUAAUUAUAA